CCGUACCAGCCGCUUGCCUUCCUGCUCCUCUCGCUCGCUAUGUCCACGUUCACGAGCUGCCCGAUUCCCGGGGGCAGAGACCGGCUGCCCGACUGCUACAGCACCACGCCGGGGGGCACGCUGUACGCCACUACCCCGGGAGGCACCAGGAUCAUCUACGACAGAAAGUUCCUGCUGGAGUGCAAGAACUCACCCAUUGCCCGGACACCCCCCUGCUGCCUCCCUCAGAUUCCCGGGGUCACAACUCUUCCAACAGCCCCAUCCUCCAAGCUGGAGGAGCUGAAGGAACAGGAGACAGAGGAAGAGAUAACCGAUGACGCACAAUUUGAAAUGGACAUCUAAUCCAGUGCAGAUGACCCGUGUGUGGAGUUACAGGAAUCCCUCAUGCCGCUGCUGCCACCACCUCUUCCUGGGGUAUCCGAAGACCAGCUGGCCUCAUCUAAUCUGGGAGUGCUUGACUCUGGGCCUUAGUUCUGAGGCAGCUAGACCAAGGAUAAGGAGUGGGCACCUUGCCAAGCCCUUAACUCUACUUUCUGUUCGGUUUGUAGGCACUCCUCCCAGCCCCAGCCCCACACUCAGGCUGAGGUGAGGACUGGGGGGAAUGGAGUAUGUCACUUGCCUCACUGCUUAGUAAAUAUUCAAAGAAA